AUGAAAAAUGAGGACACGGCGGAGGCCUGGCGAAGCCGGCAAGCGCUGGGGGCUGUGGCGGGGUGUGCUGGGAGCAAGGCCGUGCGCCGCUGCCACGCCCUGCCAUUGGUGGGGGGCCGGGGGCAGUUGGGGCGUCGCGUCGGCGUGCAGCGCUCUCCUAAAAACAGGACGUCGCCGGCCAGGAAACCACGGCCGCCCGAUGCCCUGCGGCCCCGAUGUCAUGACCAGGCUGUCCUGCUGUAUGAGUAUGUGGGCAAGCGGAUUGUGGACCUGCAGCACACGGAGGUCCCUGAUGCCUACCGCGGGCGCGGCAUCGCCAAGCACCUCGCAAAGGCUGCGCUGGACUUCGUGGUGGAGGAGGAUCUGAAGGCGCAUCUCACGUGCUGGUAUAUCCAGAAGUACGUCAAGGAGAACCCCCUGCCGCAGUACCUGGAGCGCCUGCAGCCGUAA